AUGUCCAACCAAGCCGCCUGGCUCGAUGGCAAGGGAGAGAAAUUCAGAGUCGAUCAAAGUGACAUUCCUCUCCCAGGACCCAACGACAUCGUGAUUCACAACCAUAGCAUCGCGAUCAACCCAGCGGAUUGGAAAAUCCAGGCUUUAGGCGCGGUGUGGUUUCGAGAGUGGCCGGUGGUGCUCGGGGAGGAUGUGGCUGGGGUCGUGCACGCGGUCGGCGAGAAUGUGAGUAGGUUCGAGAAGGGGGAUCGCGUGGUUGCGCAUUGUGUAUGCCUCGCAACCAACAAGCCAGAAGAUGGAGGCUUCCAGCUCUUCUCACGAGCACCAGCUUCUCUCACCGCCAAGGUUCCUGACAAUCUGUCCUUGACGCAGGCUUCCGUCUUGCCCACGGCGCUGGAUACCGCGGGCCAUGGUCUGUACGACAGUCGAGACAAAGGCUUUCUCGGUCUAAAUUAUCCAACAUUGAGUGCAGCACCUCCUUCCGACCAGAUCUUCCUCGUCUGGGGCGCUUCCUCCUCGACAGGUGCGUUAGCGAUACAGCUCGCCACCGCGUCCGGAGCACAAGUCAUCGCAGUCGCCGGCAAACAUAACCUCGACUUCGUGAGAUCCCUAGGCGCAACGACGGCACUCGACUACAAUACUCCAUCCGUCGUCGACGAUAUCGUCGAAGCCAUCCGAUCCACCACCGGCCAUUUCGCCGGAGUCUUCGACGCCAUCUCGACAGAAGCUUCCUGCAAAUACGUCUUCCCUAUCGCGGAGAAGCUGGGAGGCUGCAACGUCGCUAUGACGCUACCUCCGCCUACGGAUGUGCCUAGCACCGUCAAGGUGGGCAAUAUCAUUGCCGUCAACUUUGAUGUGAACGGGCCGCUGUGGGAGAAGUUCGUCACACCUGCGUUGGGACAGGGGAGGCUGAAACCCCUGCCGGAACCCCUUAUUGUGGGCAGCAGGCUGGAGGAUGUGCAGUUGGCCUGUAAUACGAAUAAAGCUGGCGUGAGUGCGAAGAAAGUAGUGAUUCAACUUCAAUAG